CACAAUCAAAUAAAAUUUCCAACAGUUCCAGUUUAUAUUUUCUUAAAAAUAAACAGAAAAGUUAAUUAUGAAGUAUCUUCUCUGCUGCUUGUUGACUUUUUGUGUAUUUGAAAAUGCAUAUGCAAGAAAAUUGGAGGAUCAACUGAACGAUGUAUAUAACAAUGGUGUGAAGGAAGUAAAUGAUAAAAUUGCUAAUCCAAUCCUGGCUGACAUUCAGACCGUAGAUAAUGGAAAAGGAUGCUAUCAAAAAGCUCAGGAGUCAAUGCAGCAGAAGGUUGAUUCUAUCACCCACAAAUUGGACAGAUGUCGCGUUGCGGGACGUGGAAUCCGAAAUGUGGAGAUCGCGAAAAAAUGCAGCCGUAUAGAAAUUUCUCGUUUCGAAGACGAUGCAAAUGAUGUUAAAUCUACUGCCGAAACUUGCAUACAAUCCUCAAAAAUAUAAGGCCUUUUGUUUCCGAUCGA